ACCACUACUGCGACGAAACACUCAUAUCCGAUAUCACUACGACUUAUGAUACGACAACCAAUGAAGCAAAUGUGUCCAGCGAUGUAACGGAAUCGGCUGAAGGUCCGACAUCUCUUCGACCUUUACGAGUAGGACUGAAGCUUCAACAACUGUAGAUAUCUCCUCAACCGCCUCGACAACUACCGCAGCACCGCUACCCCCACCGCCAAUGUUUAAAUUUCUCUCCCUUCUCGGACCUUUCAAUCCCACUCACAGCUUUUCUAUUGCUUUCUUCACCAUCGAUUCUAGCAACGGCCAUGUCUUGCUCGAUAGUAUGCCACCUAUCUGUGCCUAUUUCGAAGGCGGCGCCAAAACCGCCAAGUUCCAGAUCUGUCCUGAUACUCUCUCCCAACAGGAAGCUUUACUUACUUGCGAGCCACCAGUUGAAAAAAAGCAGUUGAAAUGCACUGUGCCGGGAAAGACGUGCAGUCAGGGCUCGAACGGGGUUGAAUGUGUAAGCGCCGGUGUUGCGUUUGACAUAUCAACACCAGACUAUGCUUACACAAAUAAAUACGGUGCACGUAUUGGACCUGCUCCAGGAAUCAGUCUAGUCCAGUUUCUGAUUAGGUACUGAUAAGAGAAGAAAAUUUGAUCUGUAUGGACUCUGGAUCAAGGAAGGCAAAACAUGAUACACUCGAAUAAUAUCGAUCUCAGAUGUGUCUCACUGUGUGUUUUUAAACUGCUAAUAGUUAAGAGUUGAUUCUAACUGUGAUUGAGAGCUGAACCUUAUCGCGCCUAUCUCGUAGGCUGAAAGCGGUGACCACUUAGACCCAAGUGUUGUUCUGCCAAUUUCCAGUCGCUUCUAGGCUCUCAAUGCUUCGGUAAUAACGCUGUAG